AUGACCACCGAGCAAAUAGUCCUCCAGGGCCCGGGGCCGUGGGGCUUCCGCCUCGUGGGGGGCAAGGACUUCGAGCAGCCCCUCGCCAUCUCCCGGGUUACUCCCGGAAGCAAGGCUGCGAUAGCCAAUUUGUGUAUCGGAGACAUAAUUACGGCCAUCGACGGGGAAAAUACCAGCAACAUGACGCACUUGGAAGCUCAGAACAAGAUCAAGGGCUGUGUCGACAACAUGACUCUCACAGUGUCCAGGUCUGAGCAUAAAGUCUGGUCUCCUCUCGUGACAGAGGAAGGGAAGCGUCACCCGUACAAGAUGAACUUGGCCUCUGAGCCUCAAGAGGUCCUGCACAUAGGAAGCGCCCACAACCGGAGCGCCAUGCCCUUCACCGCCUCGCCCGCCUCCGGCUCCGCCCCCCGGGUCAUCACGAACCAGUACAACAACCCCUCCGGCCUCUACUCCUCCGAGAACAUCUCCAGCUUCAACAGCGCCUUGGAGGCCAAGACGGCGGCCAGCGGGCCGGAGACGAACGGCAGAGGCUUAGAGCAUUCUCCGUCUCCAAGCGGACUCGUCAUCGACAAGGAAUCCGAAGUUUACAAGAUGCUUCAGGAGAAACAGGAGUUAAACGAGCCCCCGAAGCAGUCCACGUCGUUCCUGGUGCUGCAGGAGAUCCUGGAAGGGGACCCCAACAAGCCCUCGGGGUUCAGAAGCGUGAAAGCGCCGGUCACCAAAGUGGCUGCCUCGAUCGGCAACGCCCAGAAGUUGCCCGUGUGUGACAAGUGCGGCACCGGCAUCGUCGGCGUGUUCGUGAAGCUGCGGGACCGCCACCGCCACCCCGAGUGCUACGUCUGCACCGACUGCGGCACGAACCUGAAGCAGAAGGGCCACUUCUUCGUGGAGGACCAGAUCUACUGUGAAAAGCACGCCCGGGAGCGGGUCACCCCCCCGGAGGGCUACGACGUGGUCACCGUGUUCCCCGCCAAGUGA